GCGGCCGCCCCGCUGCUGUACCUGCGGGCGGCUCCGCCCCGGCCCGGGAAAGGAAGGGAAGGAGCGCCCGGCGGGACGGGGCCGCUCGGAAGGGGGCUGCCCCGAGGAGGCAGCGGCCAUGGCCUUCGGGAAGGCGCCCAAAGACCCGUUCGGCACCGCCGUGGGGAGCCUGGUGGACCGGGCGACGUUCGGAUCGCUGCAGACGGAGGAGUGGGGGCAAUUCAUGCACAUCUGCGACGUGAUCAACGCCACGGAGGAGGGGCCUAAGGAUGCAGUCAAAGCGUUAAAGAAAAAGCUUGCAAAAAACUGUAACCAUAAGGAGAUCAGGCUCACCCUGUCUCUGCUUGACAUGUGUAUGCAGAACUGUGGUCCAAGGUUCCAGUCUUUAGUGGUGAAGAAGGACUUCUGCAAGGACAAACUGGUGAAACUGCUGAAUCCCAGAUACAACCUGCCCAUUGAAUUGCAGGAGAAAAUCCUGACCUUCAUCAUGGUAUGGGCCCGAGGGUUCCAGGGAAUGGUGGAUGUGACCGAAGUAAAAGAAGUUUAUCUGGAACUGCUGAAGAAAGGAGUGGAGUUUCCAUCUUCUGAUAGCAGCAAAGGAAGGCCUAAGCAAUCCCCAUCUUCUGCAAAGUCAUCACCAUCUUCUGCUACUCCCCCAAAACGUUCUUUGUUGCCUCUUCCCACGGGCCCAACGUUACUGUUGACACCUGAACAGAUUGGGAAACUGUACAGUGAACUGGAUAUGGCGAAAAUGAACGUGAGAGUCAUGUCAUCAAUAUUAAAAGAAAAUGUUCCUGGCUCUGAAAAUCCGGAUGAUAUGAAUCUUUUACAGAAGCUGUACAAGACGUGUCGGAUGAUGCAGGAACGGAUCAUGGAGCUGUUGGUGACAGUGGAGAAUGAAGAUGUGAUAGUAGAGUUAAUACAAGUAAAUGAAGAUCUGAAUAAUGUUCUCCUGGGACAUGAAAGGUUCUCUCGAAACAGAGUUCGAUUUUUGGAGAACCAGAGAAUACAGCGUGAGCGUGAGGAGCUGUACAGGAAACAGCCGUCUGCUCCCUCCAGUGACCUCCUUGACCUCUCUACAGAUUCUCCAUCUCCUGUGGCUGCAGUGCUGGGAACUGACCCUGCAGCAUCUCAGUUUCCAAGUCCUAAUUCCAUAUCUGCACACCCUGAAGAUACAAAAAGGCUCCAUCCAUCCAUUUACCCCCAGCUAGAUUUAGCAGCUGCUGCGAAAGUUCAGCAGUUCCCAUUUGCAACUGAAGCACACAACAGUAGUGUAAGCAGCCCAGCUGGACACACGUAUAGCAAUCUGGCAACUCUUUUAAGCCCAGUGCCUCUGAAUCCAGUAAAUCUGCAGGCUGGACAUGCUACAUCAUCAAAUGGACCAUUACCAGCAGCUGCAUCGAAGAACAAGUUGCAGUCACCUCAUUACUACGAGAUAAUGGAAUUUGAUCCUUUGGCUCCUACAGAAGCAAUUUAUGAAGAAAUUGAUGCUGCUGUGUUGAAGCCGGAAGCUGAAAAGCAUUCAGAAUGCUGAAGGUGGAGAUUUGAACACAGAAGUUACUCUGGUGCUGCUCCUGGGCACUGCUUCAUGUAACAUGUGAACAAAGAGCAAUGAGAAGUGGACAAGUACUUGGAUCCACGCCUUGAGAAUUCAUCUUAAAUGUUCAACUGUGUAUUAUUCCAGGUGACUUACAUGAUUGCUAUUUUUUUUAAGUACUGUGGCCUUCAAAAUAUAAUUUCCAAGGUCACCUGUGUAUGAAGUAGCACAUGAUAUCAAAAACAAGUAAAUUAAAAGCACUCUCAUAACUAUAGAAGAAAGCUUUUCUUCCAUCUUAAUCUGUUCUUUCAUACCACAUAAUCCUAUUUCUGUUUUGGCCAUGUUGAUGUCUGUGAAAUUCUCUUCCUAUAAAUAUAUAUAUACACAUAUAUUUUUUGGAAAUGUAGGACUUUCCUAAAAUUGAGCCUCCCGAUAGAUAUAAAAGAUACACAGUUAUCACUUUCUUACAUUUAUAUUCUGAAUAUGGAUUUUGUUUUCUUUGUAUAACCCCACAAAUUAAUAGGAUUUUUGUCAUGGUAAGAAGCUGAGCAGGGACAUCCAGUGCUGUCAUCUAUGAUUAACAGAGCAGAAAAAAGCUGUGUGUUGCCAUGUUGUGGUUAUUAGUAAAUAGUGGAAGGGGAUCACUAUUUUUUCUAGUGUUUCUGCUCUGCAGAGCUUCUUGUUCUGGUGAAGGAAAAGUAUCCAUCUACAAUGCAAAUGAACACUAGUUAUCCAUUUAUUUUAAUCAAAUAAUUUAAAGCUGUUUUUAUCUCUUAAUAGUUUAAGUGCCUUGUCUAUUUUAAUGCUGAAUGUAAAAUCUGCACUUUACAGAUCUAGUUCUCUGAAUUUGUAAUUGAUACAAAAAUGAAAAUGUGGUUUAUGUUCAUAGCUGAUAAGCUAACUUCAUCUUUAAGUACUGCAUUUUAAGUGUUCGUUGUUAUCUGUUUAAGUGACACAAACACUUAAGCCUUAAGGAAUUUUUGUAGCAUAGAAUUCCAAAUAAAAACGAAUGCUUACUGAAUAGUUAAGCCCCAUUACUUCUGAGUUUCUGUAGCCUGACAUGCAUGUUCUAAAUGCAGACAGUACUGGAAGAAGCUGAGUGGCUCAAUGGUGUUUCAAGUAUCUGGUUCUCAAGUUUGCAGCUGGGUGUAGAACCAGUAGAAUCUGGUGGAAGGUGGGGGGGCUUGUAACAAAGGCAAAAAGAUAAGCCUCUUUGCUGUUGUUUUUCUUGCAUUAUUUGCAGUGAUCUGGACAGCAGCAUGAGAAGACAGCUGAAAAUAAGAUUUGAGAUGGAUGACCUUUCCUACAGCUUAGUUAUACGAAGACCCUAGCAUACCAAAGUGUAACAAGUUUAAAUAGCCUAUUUCAAUAGGGUAACCCAUAAUGAAAUGAUUGCUAACUGAACUUGUCAGUAUUUAAGGAAGGAAAAUGAUUACAGAUAGAUGAAGACUGUGAAGGGAACUGGCUAAUCACUGAGGUUACAGAGCUUGUUUCAUUGUUGGGAUGUGCUCAGUAUCUGUGCAGACUUGGGCUUUCAAACUCAGGGGAAGGCAGCCUUUAUGGAACUAGAAUUUGUCAAGAGGAUAUUUUCUUCUAAAACACACAGCCAGAACAAAGGAAAGUGUAGAGAGGACUUCCAGGAUGAGCUCACUUUUCUAAACGACAAUAGAGUAAAGGCAACCAAGGUAAGAUUUUACUAUUCUUUUUCCCUAGCCUGGAUUCUAAGAUUCAUCUUGAUAACAUUUUGUUAUUUUUUUCUGAAUUACAACUGGAAUUAUAGAUUUAUCAUAAAGCUUGCUGGCCUAUUCAUACAGAUACAUUCCACUUAUGUGGGAUCCACAUUCUUCUGGAUAAAGUGUAUUAAAGAUACGACAGCACUAAUGGUAGUUUUAAACUUUAAUAAAUACAGUGAAAGCAUGA